GGCAAGCAAGAAAAAAUUAAGCAAACGGAUGAAAAAUAGUAAUCUCUACUUCCUUGAAAGUAAAAAAAACACUGGUCUUAAAGAAGACAUGCUUAUGAAUUGUACCCAGGCGUUGUGUGUAUAAUCCAUAACUUGUUCUCCAACCAAAAAAAUGGCUAGUUAUAUUUUAAAUAUUAUUAUUAUGAGUUUCACCUGCUUCAUCUUUGUAUGUUUUUCUAUUGAAAACACAAUAUUGGCCCAGUUGAGCCCACAUCAAGCCGUAAACCAAUAUCAUUGCUAGCAGCCUGUAACUUUAUCUUAGGACUUAUAACCAGCUUUGACAGAAAUUACAGGUGGCAGUUUCAGCGUGAUUUAAAACACACCAAUACUUGACAUUAAGAAUUACUUAGAAGAUUGAAGCCACGACGACAAAUGCAUGCAUGGAGCUCGGCCCCCAAAAGCGAAAGAACUGUCUGGUUCUUACAAUGGUCCUAGCCUCUUUUGGAUCACAGUUUAUUAACGGUUUCCGCCGGAGUUCUUCUGAAGAUGCAGUGAGCUUUAUCAACUUCAACGCCUACGAGUUUUCGUACCUGAACAUCACCAAUAUUGGUUCAGAACUUGUCCAAAGUGAUACCGAGUGUGGCUUUGCCUGUUUAGGAAUCACUUCAUGCUUUUCUUAUAACCUGGCUGCAUUUUCUGACAUCAACGGAAAGCUGUUGUGUGAACUGCUCCCAUCUGAUAAGUUCAACAACUCGGACAACUUUACCAGCAGUCCGUUUUAUCAUCACUUCAGUAUUCCGGUAAGUACAACAUUGAAGUCAGAUAUCAAACUAUUUUUGAAGGACUGGUCUACAUUUUUCCAUGAUUUAGAAGAACUUAUAGGAACUCCAUGUUCCAGUAACCCUUGUGUGAACAAUGCAACUUGUGUGGCCAAGUACGAAGAUGGCGAUUACCAGUGCGCAUGCGCUGCAGGAUUUAUUGGAAAACACUGUGAAACAGUUUUAGGCACUGAUUGUCAGGAUAUUGUGAAACGAGGACAAUCUCAGGGAGACGGAAUGUAUUGGCUGGACCCGGAUGGAGGAAGCCAUUCAAAUCCAUUCCUGGCCUACUGUAACAUGACGUCAUACAAUGGAGGAUGGACCAUGUGUUACACUGCUGAUGAAUAUGUCAAACCCAAGACUGAAGUCACAUACAGCACUAAGCUUCCUUAUGGAAGUGACGGCUACAGGACCAACUGUAACAGCAUCUCUGUAAGUUGA